AUGGAUCUGCAGGGCGAUUGCUCGCUUGAUUUAGAUCCCCUUGAUAUUGUUAUUCAACAGGAGAUCAGCCGCUCGGAAGCUUCGACGGUAUUCGAAGUACAAAUAUGUGGGAAGACACGCGUGAUGAAGCUGUUCCAUGAUAAUGGUGAUCCAGGGUAUAGCGAAAGAGGCCGAGACCUGAAUCGUUUCCGCUGCGAGCUAAAUGCAUAUCGUAACCUUCUUAAAUUCGGCGUGUGUGAGCGUGGCUUUGUUCCGUUCUUUCACGGCUGCAUCGAUCGCCUGGAUCCAUCCCAUUUCCACCAACAGCUAAAUCAUUUCAAGGACGAUAAAUUUCUACCGAGGGCGAUUGUACUCGAGUACUUCCCGGAAGCCGAACGGCUGAAUUGCCUGAGUUAUUCCGACGAUCUGUUUCGCUCCGCGGUUGAUGGGAUCAGAGAGAUCCACGGAGCACUUAUCCAUCACCAUGACGUCUAUCCCAAGAAUAUGCUCGUUGUAUCCGGCACUAAACUUGUAUGGAUUGAUUUCGAUGUUGCAACAACAUUCAAAGAUAUGGGCAUUCGUGAGAAAGCAUACUGCGAGCAUGAAGUCAAGCUUGUCAAGAGUUUUGGAGAGCUGUUGAAAGAUGAUCAGUUACAGGGCCUACCCCCCAACACAAAGUAUUAUUGA